GAGGACCCAGAGCUGACACUGACACAGCAGCGUCUGGGCCACCCGGCACACACCUCCACCUGCAGAGCCCUCUGUCCAGUGACAGAGGAGCAGCUUGGCUUGGAAGGCAGUUGACUUUGUUGCCAGGGAAAUGGGCAUCCAAGAGGACAACUGACUUUGUUGCCAUGGCAAUGCAGAGCGCAGUGGGAGCGAGAAGAGACCCGCCGAUCAGAGAGGAGUCGACAAUCCGAGAACUUCUCCAGCUGACGGCGCACUGACAGACCGAAACCCUGUCGGCCUGGCAGUAACACCCGAGUGGCUCCGCGUGGGCGAACAAAGUACAAAGUGAACCUUCAACUUGCACCGAUUGACUGAAAUCCUGAAAUCGGCUUUUUUUCCUCCCCGAAGAUGGAGCGGUCGCCCCAGAUUUGGUCGACGCGGCUCGGCUCCGGGUCCGUGACCGAGGAGCCGAAGAAGGAGGCGUCGGACACGCGCCGGCCGGAGUGCUCCAUCUGCUACGACGCCUACGACAACGUCUUCAAGACACCCAAGAUGCUCGAGUGCAGCCACACCUUCUGCCUGGAGUGCCUCUCCCGCCUCGCGGCCGUCACUCGCGGCACCGCUGACGGCAGAACGGGCGAUCGCCUCUCCUGCCCCUUCUGCCGCAACGCCACCGCGCUGCCCGAGGGGGGCCCUCCGGCCCUGACCACCAGCCGCGAGCUCCUCCGCGAGCUGCCCGGCCCCCAGCGGCGGGAGGAGCCGGUGUGGCUGGAGGGCGACAAGCUAUGCUGCAAAAGCGCCGACUCGGCGGGCGCCCCCGAGGGCCCCGAGGCGGUCUGCAUCUGCAUCGACAUCGGGGCCGACAGGACGCCGGGGGCCGACAGGACGCCGAGGGCCGGCGACGCUCCGAUUCCAACGCAGCCCAUCACUGAAGACCAGCUGCUGAUCGUGGUUAAGUGUUACUCGGUGUACGCGGCGCUCCUGAUGCUGCUCUUCCUCGGCAUCAUUAUUCUGGGUGUAAUCCGGGCCCACCAGGCCGCCCGCCACGAUGGCCCGCCACGAGGGCCGCCCGCCACGAUGGCCGCCCGCCACGAUGGCCGCCCGCCACGACGCCCGCCACGAGGGCCGCCGCAAAAUUAAACUUCGUGCAUUUCAUGUGAUUUGUGCAUUUUUUUUACGUCAUUGUUUACAGCACUAUAAUAAUAAUAAUAAUAAUAAUAAUAAUAAAGUGAGGUGAUGGAUGGUGCUCCGUCCUGUUCAUACUUACUGCAGCAUCAGUUUAACCUCUGGACCAGCAGGUGUUUUCAAUUCUCCUCAAAUAACACGCAGCUAACACAAAAUUAAACCGCGUCGGUCACGGGGUCAACGACGCGGUUUACCGACCGCCGUUCGUCAUUUCCUCCCCGUCUGAACCGUAAACCCAGCACGGUGAAACCGGGAGCCGUCCUUCGCCCCGUGUUUAUUCCUGGAGCGGGAGCGUCAGACAAAGGAAAAGUUCAGAGGGGUUUUCCAAGCGGCUCGCUUUACGACACGUGGUCGAUUAGCCGUUUCCCGUUUAAUCCUUUAGGAGUGGCCGAAGAAAAAACCUGUGCUACUUCCUGGAGCCCUGGGUCCACAUGGUUCGGUUAACCACAAUAAAAUUAAAAAGUUGGCCGAGUGAUAGCUUUAAAAUGUUCCUUUCAAUGAUUAAAAGGUGAAAAAGAAACGGUAAUACCUACAAACUACUUUUACAAUCUACAGGCAAAGCAGACGACAAUCGUGCUUUUCCACUUUCGUUGAUACCAAUAGUUUUGAUCCCGAGACUAUUAAUUUAAACCACAAAGAAAUGAUAAAAACUGAACAUUUUCAUAGAUGAGUUUACAGUCAAAGGGGGGGGGGGGGGGGGCAGCUGGAGGCCGUGUUCAGACGACAGGCGGGACUUCUUGUGGUUAAAGCCCCAUUAUGUAGUUUUUCCCUUUUCGCGCCCCCUUCAGUUUUUGAGGUAUUUAACGUUUACUUCAGUGUCGCAAAUACCCAGUUACGAUAGACGCAGCCUCGCAGACACUUGUAUUGAGUUGGGAUCAUGUGUUGUCCUGUAUUAUAAUAAUAAUAAUUAUUAUUAUUUGUACGUGUCACGGGUUAUAAAAGGUGACGAGGGGGAGGUGACGCGAGGGUUUUUUUGUUUGGAGCGCGUUGACAGGCGCGGACUCAGAACGGCAGCAAUCCGGCGACUGUUUCUAUUUUGGAUUUAUACCAACGGGCGGGAUCACUAAUAGAAGACUGCGCAGGAACACUGUGAACUGGCCCAGCACCUACCGGACUAGGGUGAAGGAGCGCGGGGAUUGAACGCCCAUGUUUCCGCCUGGUCUGUCAGCUGUUUGCCGGCUUUUGGGGGGAGGGGGUGUGUGUGCGCGUGCAGUCAUUUACUUUUGUUUUGGGGGACUGCAAAGACUUUGGGACUGUCGGGAUCCGGGGAUUAUACUUCGUUUUGAGUGGGUUUGAUUUUUAGUGUAUGUGUUCAUUUUGGGGGCUUGCCGAUGCAUUGAAUUUGAUUUAAUAUAAUAACAUUUGGGUUUCCGCA